AGAUUUAUUUUUAAUUAUCUCCAAAGUCAGCCCCAAGGAUAUGAUAGUGUAACGUUGAAGUUUUCGGACGGAAAACUGUUGAUUGAAUCUAUUUUGCUCAGGAUACAUUCAAAUAUUUACAGGCAAUGCAACGGGAUGUGUAUCCUACUGCCUGAUUUCAAGACCAAAAUCGGUUUGAAAUUUCGGCAACUAUUGUACUCAGGCAGUACAGUGUUAAGGGAAGAAGAUUAUCUUUCUCUGCGAAGUUUGCUAGAAGUUUUAUCUGUUCGCUCAACGAGCGGCAUUAGUGUGGAAAAAAGAACCCUAAAUACAAAAAGAUCUAGAUUUGAUAGAGAUCUUGGGAAAAGUAUUCCUCAAUCAGAUAAGAAUCUCUUUACGCAAAAGCAGUAUGUCACAAUUAAACCUUCAAAUGUAGAGCAGGUCACUCUUGAACCUUCAGAUGUGCAGCAGGUCACACAUUCUUCCAGUGUGCAGAAAUUUACAAUUGAACCUUCCGUGGAGGAGUAUGUCACACAUGAACAUUCUGAAGAGGAUCAUGUCAUACUAGAUCCUUCAGAUGUGCUGCAGGUCACACUUGAUUCUUCCAAUGUGCAGAAGGUAACAAUUGAACCUUCCGUGGAGGAGUAUGUCACAAACGAACAUUCUGAAGAACAGCAUGUCAUACUAGAUCCUUCAGAUGUAAAGCAGGUCACAAUAGAUCCUGAGGAUCAAAAUAUAGUUCAGCUAGUUGAUAUGGUUGAUCCUCCUAAGAACACUAUGGAAGGACUUGAUUUUGAAGAAAUUAAUGACAUGGAACAAAUCAUUGAGGACUUAGCGGAGGACAGACUUGAACAUCUGGAGAACAAUGAUCAGUCAUGUGCAGAGUUAUUUCAGGAUCAAACCAUGCUCAUCCAAUCGAUCAGUCAGUCAAUUGAGCUUCAAUCAAAUAGCGAGUUGCUAAAUCAAUCAAAUUUAACCUCAAUUGAUCAGUAUAGCCAACCAUUGAUCAUUCAAUCAAAUAAAUUGAUAAAAUCAACGCCCCCCAAGCAGACCAAGAAAGCCCCCGUUUUCAGAUGUAAUUUUGAUUCCUGCAAUCUCACCUUUAAGAGCCUCCUUCAGCUAGGGGCACAUACUACUUCAAGCCAUGGUGUUCAACCCUUGCCUUGUCCGGAGAAUAAAACUGGAUGUUCAUUCAGAGCCUCAACAAAACAGAAAAUAGACUUCCAUUUGCGGGGCGUACACAGGUAAAAAACUGUUCUCCAGCCGACAGCACUUAACAUCACACAUUAAGAGAGUUCAUAG